GUCGUUUCCUAAAACCCAUAACACUUUAUUUCUUGUUCAAUUUCAGCCUUCCAUCACCCGUCCCGUCAUCUUCUUCUCUUACCAAACCAACCGCCUCUCUCCCUCGCUCUCUAUCUCUUUUAUCACAGCAAGCUCUACAGAGUCUUUUUCUUUCUUCAGUCGUUUCAUUCAAACACAGUUACACACACAUUCAUAUAUACGUUUAUUGUUUGGUAACUUUAAGCAAGUUCUACUCAGAUUCAAAUCGAAAUGAAAGAAGGAAACAAAAAUAAAAUAGCGACGCCGUAUGAGGAAGCGUUGGAUGCUUUAUCUUCUCUCAUCACAAAACGCAAUCGUGCUGAACCUGGCGACAGAUUUUAUUCUCUCGAUCUCGUUCGCGAGUAUGUUAAGAUGUUGGACUUGGAGGAAGCAAUUUCAAAAAUGAGUGUUAUUCAUGUAGCUGGCACUAAAGGAAAGGGAUCAACAUGCACAUUUACGGAAUCUAUAUUGCGACAUUGUGGCUUCCGGACUGGGCUUUUCACGUCUCCUCACCUCAUUGAUGUCCGAGAAAGAUUUCGUUUGAAUGGUCUUGAAAUAUGUGAAGAGAAGUUUUUGGCAUAUUUUUGGUGGUGUUAUGAUAGACUAAAGGAAAAAGCUACUAAGGAAGCACCUAUGCCUUUUUUAUUUCGCUUCCUUACCCUACUUGCCUUCAAGAUAUUUGCAGAAGAGCAGGUAGAUGUCGCUAUAUUGGAGGUUGGAAUAGGUGGAAAACUUGACGCAACAAAUGUGGUUCCAACACCUGUAGUAUGUGGUGUGACGGCCCUUGGGUAUGACCACAUGGAGAUUUUAGGGAAUACACUGGGAGAAAUUGCUGGGGAGAAGGCUGGAAUCUUUAAGCAUGGUGUUCCUGCCUUUACUGUGUCCCAACCUGAAGAAGCUAUGCGUGUACUUGAACAGAAAGCCGCGAUGUUGGAUGUACCCCUUCAAGUAGCUCAACCAUUGGAUGGAAGCUUGCUAAAUGGCUUAAAACUUGCACUUGAAGGCGAGCAUCAAUAUAGUAAUGCUGGUCUUGCCGUUGCACUGUCAUCUACAUGGCUUCAGAGGACUGGUCAUCUUGAGUUUGGCUACCUGGAACAGAUGCAGACUUCGCUGCCUGAACAAUUCAUCAAAGGGCUUACAAUGGCUAGUUUGCAAGGACGGGCACAGAGAGUCCCUGAUCGAUUUAUGAACAUUGAAACCACUGGGGAGCUGGUAUUCUAUUUGGAUGGAGCUCAUAGUCCUGAAAGCAUGGAAGUAUGUGGAAAAUGGUUUUCUCUGGCAAUAAAGGAGGAUAAUCAGCAACAAACUUUGGAUUUUCAACCAUCUUCACAAGAAUUGGCUCAGAAUCACCAGGUCCCUUAUGGAAGAUCCAGGAAAAACUCUGCACAGAUUUUGUUGUUCAAUUGUAUGUCAGUGCGAGAUCCUCAGUUGCUUUUUCCACGCCUGAUGAACACAUGUGCUAGCCAUGGUGUUUAUUUCAAGAAGGCACUCUUUGUACCAAAUAUAUCAGUGUAUCACAAGGUUGGAUCCCAUAAUUUACCGCCGACUGAGUCGCAAGUUGAUUUGUCGUGGCAGUUUACUCUUCAAAGAGUAUGGGAAAAUCUCUCGCAGGGUGAUAAAGGAGGGAAGGCCAGGAAUGGUGAUGCUGGUUCUGAAGACAUUAUUGAGGAUACGGAAAUGAUUGCCCGGAGUUGUGAAAACAGUGCAGUCUUUUCUUCUCUCCCGUUGGCUAUCAAGUGGCUCAGGGACAGUGUUCAAAAAAAUCAAUCUGUUCGUAUUCAGGUCCUUGUAACUGGCUCCUUACAUCUGGUGGGUGAUAUGCUGAAAUUAGUGAAGUGAGGUCAUAGUCGGAGGUGAAGUUGUCACUUAUUUGACGUGCUUCAGAAGAAAACUUUUACUGAGAGGCAAAAUGCCAAAGAAAAAGUUUACUCAUCUUAAUUUUCAAGCGAAUUCAUGUCAGCAUCUGAGAUAGAUCUUCUGUUUUGUUAAGCAAAAAAUUUUAGUGUAUUUUGUACUACAAAAUAGUAAUCACACAAGUGCGUGUGUGCAUGUGUGCACAUAUAUACACAUAUAUAUGAAAAAUCAGAAAUCUCAUUCAUAUUUAUUGAAUAAAUAAAUUUAAGAUAUAA